AGGCAAUUAGCCACCUGGAAGAAGCGGGCCAUCCUCAAGCAUCUGGGAUCCUUCUGUUUGUAUAGUGAUUGGACCUCGUUGAGACAGAAUCUCAGCCCCAUGGACUAUCAUAUUUUCCUGGACGGGAUUCUUGUAACGCAUCUUUGUGAGAAUAUUAUCUCGAAUCCGUUCUUCUGUGUGAGGACGGGUCGUGCGGAUGGUGAGGCUAAUGUGUCGUCUGAUGCGUUUGACGUGGGGCUUCACGAGCUGUACGAGACGCUGAAGAGAGUGAACGUAACCAAGGCCAACGAAUGGCGCCAGACCUUGACCCGACUCUUGCACGCGGACGACAGGGGCGGAUCGGACGACUGGAGGGUGGCGUUCUCGACGAGCGAGGCUCUCGAGGCUGCCUGUCACAGUAACACGAGGUAUAUGCUUAAUGAAUGUGAGGCAUUUGGGGUGCUUCUACUUGAGCCAGUUGAGGCUGAAGAGCGCUACCGCGCUCUGGUUGAGAUCUACCGAAUCGCCGCCGAACUCUCCGUCGCGUUUGCGGCCAGCCAGGACGGGUUCAUGUUCCAUCUUGAUGUCGAGCAGGUCCCGUAUGUGAGUGCGACGAUAGGUGCCAGAGUAGUUACCAAGCGGGGUGUUUGGGAAGCGGCGAGUGGCAUUGAAGGACCGCCGCCGGUGCUGAUUCGCCAACCGCUCGUCGAACGGUCAGUUGUGGUGCAGGAAGCCCUGGUGGAGGAGCGGAGGAGAUGUAGGAAGGACUGGUCGGAGGCUAAUAAAGAUAGAUUCUCUGUGAAUGAGCUUCAAAAGAAGCUUGAUCUGGCGAUGCCUCUGGUUGAGAAGGGGGACCUCCAUAUUGUUCCAGUCUACCAUGCCGGUUACCUCUACGCGGAGAAAUAG